UUAACUCUCUUUCAGAAUUCUCCACUCUACCAGUAUCUGCAGGAUUUGGGACACACAGAUUUUGAAGUAUGUUCAUCUGUGUCGCAGAAGGCAGAGCAAUGUGCAGCAGCGGAAAGCCAAAAAGAGCGGACUGUGCAUGCUGCCCAGAAACAAGGCAUCCUGUCAAAACUAGUUGAGUUCUUUAGAAGUUGGUUUCCUUUUCCACAGUAUAAGAAAAACGAUGACAUACUUCACCGACUGGAUGUUGGAUUUCGAUUUGACACGCUCCGUACCAUCCUGCAACAGGAAGUUCUGCUGCAGGAGGAUGUGGAACUGAUUGAGUUCCUUGACCCCAGUAUCCUGUCUGCAGGGCAGUGUAAGCAACAGGAAAACAGACAGCUUCCAACGCUACGCUCCCUAGCAACUCCUAAUAUUUGGGAUGUGUCGCUGUUCCUUGCCUUUGUAAGUGCACUGCUUAUGCUUCCUUCGUGGUGGAAGGAAUCAUCGUGGCUGCUGUGGGGACUGGUCCUGCUUGUCUAUGCAGUCUUUCGAGUGUGGGGCACAUGGAGGACAGCCAAGCUGCAAAUGUCCCUGCGAAAAUACUGUAUCCAGCUGGAAGAAACAGUGGCGAAUAGCCGAGCUUUUACUAAUCUUGUGAGGAAAGCUCUGCGACUUAUUCAAGAGACUGAAGUCAUUUCCAGAGGAUUUACCCUGGUCAGUGCCGCUUGCCCAUUUAAUAAAGCUGGACAGCAUCCUAGUCAGCAUCUUAUUGGUCUCCGGAAAGCCGUUUAUCGAUCUGUCAGAGCCAACUUUCGAGCUUCAAGACUGGCUACUCUAUACAUGCUGAAAAACUACCCUCUGAACUCGGAGAGCGACAACGUGACCAGCUACAUCUGCGUAGUCCCCUUUACGGAGCUGGGUCUGGGACUGAGCGAAGAGCAAGUCUCUGAAGAGGAGGCACACAAUCUAACCGAUGGCUUCAGCUUGCCUGCGCUCAAGGUCCUCUUCCAGCUCUGGGUAGGGCAGAGUUCGGAAUUCUUCAGGAGGCUGGUGCUGCUCCUCUCCCCGGCCAACGCGUCCCCCAAGCCCUUGGUCUCCCCUGAACAGCUGCCUCAUCAUAUCUUGUCUGAUGUGACUCAAGGCCUACCUCAUACACACGCUGCCUGCUUAGAGGAGCUUAAGCGAAGCUAUGAGUUUUAUCGGUACUUUGAAACUCAGCAUCAGUCGGGUUUUGAACGGUCAACCAGAACAAAGCAGAAGUCAAGAGAGCUGAACAGUCUUCAGACCGCAGUACGCAGCUUGCAGCUUCAUCUCAAGGCACUGCUCAAUGAGGUAAUAAUUCUUGAGGAUGAACUUGAAAAACUUGUUAGCACGAAGGAGACACCUGAGCUGACAACAGAAGCCCAUCAGGUUCUGGAACAAAAACUGAAGUUUAUUCAGCCUCAUAUCCAAGCAAGCAACAGCUGCUGGGAAGAAGCCAUUUCUCAGGUGGAAAAAAUGAGUGGAAAAAACCCAAAUAAAAAAGGAAAACUUGAAGUUUCCUGUGACAACAUACAGCGUACUACAGUACCUUUAACACAGCCUACCAUAUACAUAGAAAACAAAGAUCCAGUCCCUGAAGAGCAGGAAUUGGAAGCAUAUGUUGAUUAUUCAGAUAUGGAGAAUGAAUGCAAAAGGGAAGAUUUUUACUACUUUUCCCAGGAAGAAAGAGAGAGACAAGAACGAGAGAGAGAGGAAUCUAAGAGAGUGUUACAAGAAUUGAAGUCUGUACUGGGAUUUAAAGCUUCAGAAAUAGAAAGACAGAAAUGGAAACAGCUGCUGUUCAGUGACCAUGCUGCAGUGAAACCCUUGUCUCCUGUAGAACCACUGAAGCUACUAAAUAAUGUGGAAUCACAUGUGAAUUCAGAUACAGAAAAGCAGGACUGCAGCCAAAGUUGUGAUAAAUCUGAAGAAAAAGACUCUAAUCCAAAAGCGAAUGCUGCUGAUAAAAGCAGGACAGAAUAUUUGUAUGAAGAGGACGAGAUGGAGAAAAGCAAAGACGAUACUGCUGAUGAAGGUAUUUCUACAGGGGCUGAAGAAAGAAUGUGUUGUCAGCGUGAAGGGGAAGUUGAAGAACUCAAGCCGAGCCAUGCGGAUGGAGUAGAGGUUUCACAGUCUCCCUCUAAGGAUGCUUUAGAUUCAAAAAUCAAGCAUAGGCUGGCCCAGCUCCACAUAUCAACAGAUUUAAACUUCACAUCUGGUCUGGCUGCACAAGUUGCUGCCAGGUCUUUUGCUUUCACUACAAUGCAAGAAGAGACUUUUGGAGAUGAGGAGGAAGAGGAGGAGGGGGAAGAGAAGACACAGGAGCGUGAAGACCUUGUGGAGGACUGUGAGAAUGAAGAUAGAGGCUCUGAAAGUGAAGGAAAAGUAUAA